AUUUUCUCCAGCUGAAUAUUAUUCGCGGAAAUGCUUGGAGGGCGCUAUGUGACGCGCCGCAAUGCCCAUGCCCGUCGCGCUUCCGGCGGCCCCUGAGCUCAGUCCAGGCGGACGUUUGAAGCGUCACAGGCCCGAAAUGAGUCCUGAACAGGAGGCGAGUCCGCCGCCGGCUGCGCCUGGUGCUCCGGGCUCACCGACGCCGCAAUCAACACGUCUUACGCCCCAAACACCACAAACGCCUCAGGAUCAUAGUGACGUCGAACAAUUUGCUGGUAAAAUCGUUUAUAAUCCGGACGGCUCAGCGUAUAUUAUUGAAGAGUCAGAUAGUGAAGCAAGUGAAACUGGUGGUUUAGAUAUUGCCGGUGCUCAAGUAUCGUUGCCACAACUUCACGCGGUUUACGUAUCCCGUUUGUUAGCCGCGCGAAGACAACCCGAUGCACCGGCCGUGCAUAGUUAUCGUGUUGUAUCAUUACGUGAUGCUCGCCCACCGCCUAGACCCCGAUCGGUGCCAGUGAAACCUAUAUUAAUGUGUUUUGUUUGUAAGCUUAGUUUUGGUUAUUCAAGAUCGUUUGCAGCGCAUGCACAAUCAGAACACGGUGUUACAUUACAAGAAUCAGAUCGUGACGUGUUAUCAUCAGAUUGUUCAGCGAUAUUACAAUUAGUUGGUGCUGAUAAAAAACCAUUAGUAUCGUUAUUAGAACCAUUAGGACCAGCGACUACACCAACACCUGAUCAGACCCAAAUAAAUACAUCAGUAGCAAAUACAAUGUCGACAACGACAAACGAUUGUGUUACACCACCUCAAAGUAAUGGCUCAGCGGAUUGUGCCCAAAGUUUAGUUACACAUGCUCGACGACCGAGUGAUACAUCACCAUGUCCGGGCCCACGAAAGAGCCCUCCCGUGUCGAGUGCAUCACCGCCAUUUGCCACACCAUCACCAGCAACAUUUUUAACUGGUACAACGAUUGGUGUGUGUCCCGAACAUAUACAGGGUCGACCAUCUGGUGUUGAAUGUCAACGAUGUGAAAUGAUAUUAGCAUCAGGACGUUUAGGAACUCCAGCCGGUAUGGCACAUCCACAUAGUCGAAAUUCAUGUAAAACGCUCAAAUGCCCCAAAUGUAAUUGGCAUUAUAAAUAUCAAGAAACAUUAGAAAUACAUAUGAAAGAAAAACAUCCAGAGGCUGAAACCAGUUGUAUAUAUUGUAUAGCAGGUCAACCUCAUCCACGUUUAGCGCGUGGCGAAACAUACACGUGUGGUUACAAACCAUAUCGAUGUGAGGUAUGUAAUUAUUCCACAACGACUAAGGGUAAUUUAAGUAUACACAUGCAAUCGGAUAAACAUUUAAAUAAUAUGCAAGAAUUACAAAAUGGUGGUGGUAAUCCAGCAAUGCAAUCACCUGCGGUUGUAGGAGCCGAUCCAGCUGGUUUACCAUCACAACAAGCCUCACCAAAAACCACGCCGUUACAUCAUUCACCAGUUAGUAGCGUAAGUGGUGCCAGUCAUAAACCAAAACCCACAUUCCGUUGUGAUGUGUGUAAUUACGAAACAAAUGUUGCACGGAAUUUACGAAUACAUAUGACAUCAGAAAAGCAUACCCAUAAUAUGCUGGUGUUACAACAAAAUGUGAAACAUAUGCAAACGUUGAGUGCGAUACAUCAGCAUCAGCAACAGAGUCAGCAACAACAUUUAGAAAAUUUAUUUGGAAGUCAUUUUAUGGGACUAGCAGCGGGUGCAGCUGCAACUAGUGGUGAUAAACCUGAAGCAGCUUUAGCUGAUAUGGCUUAUAAUCAAGCAUUACUAAUACAAAUGAUGACUGGUGGACAAAUACCUGGACAUUUACCUGCGGAGUUAGCACCACAUUUGGAUAUGGGUUUAAAUCCAGAAACAAUGGAACCACCUCCAGAGCCUGCAGAUCCAAAUCCCGAGCAUGUAUUCUCAUGUUGUGUAUGUAAUGCAUUUAAUAGUGAUAGUUUAGAGGCAUUAGGACAACAUUUGGCCAGAGAUCGUACAAAAACGCGAGAACAAGAGAUAUUAGCGUUGGUAGCUGGACAUUAUGUCUGUAAAUUAUGUACAUAUAAAACAAAUUUAAAAGCAAACUUCCAAUUACAUUGUAAAACUGAUAAACAUUUACAAAGACUGCAACAUGUGAAUCAUGUAAAAGAGGGUGGUCCUAGAAACGAAUGGAGACUGAAAUAUGUAUCAGCACCGGGAGGUGUACAAGUACGUUGUAAUGCCUGUGAUUAUUACACAAACUCAGCGCACAAAUUACAAUUACAUGCGGCCGGUGCUCGUCAUGAGGCUGCAAUUAGUUUAUUUAGACAUUUAAAUGAACGUUGUCGAACAAUACGUGGUGGUGAGCGUGCUCAACGGGCAUUCUUAUGUGCAUUAUGUGGUUUUAGUGCGCCUGCGAAAUUAGGUUUAUUACAGCAUGUAAGAUCUAUGAAACAUAUGCAUAUGGAACAAUUGCAUCAAUUACAGAAACGACAAGAUGGUCAAGAGACAAUCACCGAAAUUGGGGAUGUGUUUCAAGUUGUCGCACAGCCUGUUAGUGAUUUUGAUGAAGACCAACCACAAUCAACGCCCAAAUCACAACAGCCACCAAAUACACCCGAUCAUCAUAAAUCAUCACCCGAUUUAAUCAUCAAAGAACCCCAACAAUUUAAAUUUGAACCUCCAUCAUCGACACUCCUAGAACAACAACAAGAUGGUGGCAUGUCCUCAUCAGAUGAUCUCAAUACAUCAAUAGAAUCCACGACACCAUCCUCCAAUCAUAUAUGCCCAUUUUGUAACUAUAGUAGUAAUUCAGAGAUGCGAAUACAAGCGCAUGUUUUAGCCCAACAUAGUAAUCUUGCUCAACAACAAUCCGUAACUACCCCGCAACAACAACAAGCAGAACCGAUAUCAACUCCAACAGUGCCACAAUCACCACCUCAACAAUACACCUUUCAAUGUCCUUUGUGUCAAGAUGCAUUUAAAGAUCGUAUUAAUUUAGAACGUCAUGUCAUGCAAAUCCAUUCGGUUAAUUCAGAAGGAUUACAAAGACUGUUGAUGCUUGUCGAUCAAAGUCAUUGGUUAAAUCAAGUUGCUCGAAACAAUCAAACUCCUCCAAGUUCGAAUAUUAACAAUACCACGAUAACUGCAUCACAUAUGAUGGCAGCAGCCACGGCUCAACAACAAGCCUCACCUAAUUCUGUAACAUCAUCCUCGGGUGAUCGAGAUCGUAAAGAUCUAAUUAAAACCGAACGUGACGAUUUAAUUAUCAUAGAGUCGUCAUCAACACCAAAUAACGAACUUAUGUCACCAGUUAACAAUGACAACGAUGUCGUUAUCAAUGACACAAUCGAAUCAGAACGUUGUCAACAAUGUUUACAAACAUUUAAAAAUAUCGAUGAAUUAUGUUUACAUCAAAAUGAAUCAGGCCAUAUUGAAAUUAAACAAACACCCAGUGGUCCUGGUUACUUAUGUUGGAAAAAAGGGUGUAAUCAAUUUUUCCCCACGGUUUUAUCAUUACAAACACAUUUUAAGGAAGUACACGCAAAAAAUUCAAUAUCACAAAUGUCCGUUUCAGAGAAACAUGUUUACAAAUAUCGUUGUAAUCAAUGUUCGUUGGCAUUUAAAACGUUAGAAAAAUUACAACUGCAUUCGCAAUAUCAUUUAAUACGAGACGCAACGAAAUGUGUCCUCUGUGGACGUAAUUUUCGAUCGGUUAUUGCAUUACAUAAACAUGUGGAAUCCGUUCAUUCAGAAUUAUCUGAUGAUGAAUUACAAGCUUAUAAGAAUAGUUUAUUAAAUAAUCCAUUAUUAUUGGCUGGAUUACAAGGUCAUGUUUUGGAUCCGUCAACAACAAAUGACUUGUUAAAGCGAGAAACAAUGCGUGAUGUAUCUGGAAGUGAAAAUGAUUUACGUAACGCUUCUGGCGGACCAAAUGAAUUUAAUAAAACUAAUUCUGAUUCAUCCUCAUUAUUAGAAAAUGAUGAAUCCAAAGAAUUAAUUGAUAAUGACGGAGAAAAUUCUGAUGAUAGUAUCGUUUACAAAGAACAACAAUUCCUAGAAGAGUAUUUAAAUUCGCAAGCGGUAGCCGAAGAUAAUUAUGCGGAUCCAACACGUAAAUAUAAAUGCCAUCGAUGUCGUGUUGCAUUCACCCGACAAAAUUAUUUAACCGCACAUAAUAAAACAAUACAACAUCGUAAAGGGGAAAAAUUAAAUUAUCCAAUGGAAAAAUAUUUAGAUCCAAAUCGUCCAUAUAAAUGUGAUGUUUGUAAGGAGAGCUUUACCCAAAAGAAUAUUUUACUUGUACAUUAUAAUUCUGUAAGUCAUUUACAUAAAUUAAAGAGGGCAAUGCAAGAACAACAAAACAAUAAUAAUCCAGUUUCACCAACACAAGGUCAACAGCAAACAAGUACGUCAGCGAACAUUACAUCAACAGCAUCCACAGGGGUAGUUGUUAGUACUGGCGGGGGUAAUAAUAAUAAUAAUAACAAUACAAAUAAUAAUAAUACGCUUACAUUAACACCAAAAAGUACGACAAGUUCAAGUUCAACCACGUCAUCUUCAUCAACGGCGAAUAAUGAUGAAAUGAUGGAUGAGAAAAAACGUUAUCGUUGUAAUAUAUGUAAAGUUGCUUACACGCAAGGUAGCACGCUUGAUAUACAUAUGCGAAGCGUUUUACAUCAAACACGUGCAAGUAAGCUACAAGAUUUAGCAAUCAGUGGACAAAUCGAUUUAUCUAGACCACUAGUUGAACAACCAUCAAUGAAUGAUUUAAUAAACAACCCCUCACCACCUGGAGGGGUUGUUACACAACCAAUAUUACCUCAAACUCCGCCUGUACCAUCUACCUCCCCUCCAAGUAACAAUAAUACUGUUCAGGUAGUACAAACACCUCAAGGGAUGAUUUCAUGUCCUAAAUGUGGUGUUCUUUUUGCAAAUCAAGAUCAGUUAACUACUCACCAGCAUUUAUAUUGUAUGUUUGCAAUAACUAGUAGUGGUAUACCGACUAGUGUUGCAACAUCUAUGGCUGUAGCUGCAGCCCAACAACAAUUAGCAAAUAGUAAUAAUAAUAACAGUGUGGUGGACAAUGUUGUGACAAGACCAUCUCCAAGUGCUACCCCAAAUAGUGUUGUGACAAUAAAUGAUCAAAGCUCAAACGAUAUGAAUAAAUUAAAUAUACCGCGUAAAACUGGAUCACAUAUUUAUAAACAUUUGUUAGAAAGUUAUGGAUUUGACUUAGUGAUGCAAUUUAAUGAAAACCAUCAACGACGUCAACGUUUAGCUGCAGCUCAACAACUUCAACAAUUGGAGGAAUUACGUAAUAGUGUUGCACCAAAUAAAACACCAAGUCCAUUACCACAGCAACAAGCACCGGAUGUACCUAGUAACAACAAUACAAUUGGAACAACACCAAGUGGAAUUGAUAAUGAAAAUGGUUCUGGUGUACCACGAAGUGAGGAUGCAUCUUCAACACCACAUCAUUUGCCAGAGGUCAGUAAAUCCACGUGCCAACAUUGUAAUAAAGACUUUUCAAGUGUGUGGGUGUUAAAAUCACAUUGUGAAGAAAUUCACAAAGAUUUAGUGCCAUUAGAAUUCUUAGAAAAAUAUGCGCAACAAAUUAAAAACGAAUAUGAAAAGAAGGCAGUUGUAGUGUGUAGUACUACGGCGGGGGGAGGAACAUCAUCGUCGAUAGUUACGACAACACCACGUGCCACAACACCUGGUGGUGUAUCGACAAAUGCGACGACGUUGACUAUACCUCCGUUGUGUACCACAACUACCACCCCAAGUCUUGUUGAGAAUUCUGAUUUAAGUGAAGACAAUAAAGAAGUGUUGCAUACAAAAUUGAACAUUCAACAGAACACUACGACAACAACACCACCGGCUGCUUCCGGGGAUGGUGCUAUCACUGGUGCGGCUGCUACAUCCACAGCACCCUCGACACCAACAUCUUCCUCAACGCCUGUUUCGUGCAGCAACGAUAAUGGUGGUAGUGCCAACAACGGAGGAGCACCACCAGGUGGUCCAACGAUACCGGCAAAUAUCCAAGCGAUGUUGGCUCAAACUAUGGCCCAAAAUCCAAUGGCGUUUGCACAACAAAUGUCGGAAAUGCAAGCGGCGUUGAAUGUCAUGCAAUUACAACAGCAAUUCCAAAAUUUCAAUCCAAUGAUGAUGAGCCAAAUGAUGUCAAUGGGUUUGCCACUUGGUUUAAAUGCAUUGGCUGCAAUGAAUUUACAACCACCAUUGGUACCAUUAAUGAUGCCACCACCGCCAUAUGAUCCAAUGACACUCCAAACACAGUUUUCACCGCAAGAUCCACAAGCCAUAAUUGCCAAACAACAACAGGCGAUUAUUCAACAACAACAGCAGCAACAACAGCAACAACAACAACAGGUUGCAAAUGCUGCGGCAAACCAGAAGAGAGCACGUACCCGUAUUACUGAUGAUCAAUUAAAAAUAUUACGCGCCCAUUUCGACAUAAAUAAUUCACCCUCAGAGGAUCAAAUUCAUGAAAUGGCGGCCCAAUCUGGAUUACCACCCAAAGUGAUCAAACAUUGGUUCCGUAACACAUUGUUCAAAGAACGACAACGUAAUAAAGAUAGUCCGUACAAUUUUAAUAAUCCACCAUCGACGACAUUAAAUUUAGAAGAAUAUGAGAAAACUGGUGAAGCUAAAGUGUUACCAUUAAAUACGUCAGGCUCGUCGGGGUCGUCUGGUGAUGAUUUACAAAAAUCAACUUCAUCACAACCACAAUCAUGCCCUAGCGAUAAUGAAAACAAAUUAGGCCCAAUGGGUAUGUUACAAUCCACAUCGCCGAGUAUAAAUGAUUAUCCAAAUAGUGAUAUUGUUAAAACUGAACCAAAAGAGGAACAAAAUGAUGAGACUGAUAAAUUAUUACCAGAUACCCCAAUCGAUGAGAAACCAAAUAUAUUUAAUUUGCCAUUUAAUUUACAUCAUCCACCCCAAAGUCCAGUGCCAUCAUUAGCGGAAUCAGAAAAUCAAAGUUUGAUGCAUUCAAGAAAUAGUAGUCGGCCAUCAACGCCGACGAACUUAAAUCUUUCGUCUUUAAUGAAUCAACAACUUAAUGAUGUGAUUUCAUCGGUUUCUCAAUUGCCUGUUUCUAUGGCCCAAGUAAUGACACCGACAUCAUUGUCUAGUACAAUGUUACCACCACCAAAAUUGACGCCACAAAAUUUUGCUAGCCCUAAUAACGUGGGUGGACAACAAAAUAUGCUAUCAUUAACGCCAAAUCGUAGCAUUAGUCCAACACGAGUAGAAUUUGGUGGCAACAGUAAUGGAUCAAAUAGUUCCAGUGGAUCAACUGGCAAACGAGCAAAUCGUACACGAUUCACUGAUUAUCAAAUAAAAGUUUUACAAGAAUUUUUUGAAAAUAAUGCAUACCCAAAAGACGAUGAUUUAGAGUAUUUAUCAAAAUUAUUAAGUUUAAGCCCACGAGUGAUAGUUGUUUGGUUUCAAAAUGCACGGCAAAAAGCUCGAAAAGUAUAUGAAAAUCAACCAGCUGUAGAACCCGCACCAGGUGUCGCUGAAGAAGCCGGUGCAAAUCGUUUUCAAAGAACACCUGGUUUAAAUUAUCAAUGUAAAAAAUGUUUGUUAGUAUUCCAACGAUAUUAUGAGCUUAUUCGCCAUCAAAAGACACACUGUUUUAAAGAAGAAGAUGCUAAAAGAUCAGCUCAAGCUCAAGCUGCUGCAGCACAAAUUGCCGCAGUUUUGAGUUCAGAAGAUUCAAAUUCAAGUACAAUCAUUGAACAAAGUCAACAAAGUCAACCACCCGUACCACAAAGUCCACAAAUACAAAAUAUUCCACCACAAAGUCCGAUCAGUCAACCAACACAACCCACAACACCAACACCGUGUGGGUCGAAUUUUCCCAAUUCGCCAGCAACAACCCCAACACCAAGCCAACAAGGAGGUAAUAACAGCAACAACGAUACUAAGGAAGGUACAUUUCAAUGUGAUAAGUGUAACUUAGUAUUUCCACGGUUUGAUUUAUGGCGUGAACAUCAAUUGGUUCAUAUCAUGAAUCCAAACUUAUUUCCAUCUUAUCCACCUGACUCCCCGUUUGGCAUAUUACAACAACAUGCGCAGUUACAACAAAUGAAUGCGGCCGCAGCUGCAGCAGCGGGCAAUUUAAAUGUAUCAGAACUGAGUAACAGUACUGGCAACUCACCAAUACCGCAUCCAUUAAUGGGAUUGUUAACAAAUGCUGGCGGACAAGUGAAACGAAAAUAUGAUGAAUAUGAUCUGGAAAGUGAUAUGUCCGAUCAACCAAAAGAUAAACGACUGCGCACAACAAUACUACCCGAACAAUUGGAUUAUUUAUAUCAAAAAUAUCAAAUUGAAUCGAAUCCAUCUCGAAAAAUGUUAGAAAACAUUGCUCGAGAGGUGGGUUUAAAAAAACGUGUAGUCCAGGUGUGGUUUCAGAACACUCGGGCGCGUGAACGUAAAGGACAAUUCCGAGCACACGCCCAGGUAAUCAAUAAACGUUGUCCAUUCUGCCCAGCAUUGUUCAAAGUUAAAUCUGCAUUAGAAUCACAUUUACAAACUAAACAUGCAGAUCAAUGCGCACGCGGAGAAAUCAAUAUUGAUGCGUUGCCAGAUGAAGAAUUAAGUAUGGAAUCGGCGCCAAGCUUCAGUUCAGGUGGUGAUAAUAAAAGUUUUUCAUCAAAUAAUCCAAAUAUGAUUCCACCACUUUUCCCACCAUUUAAUACUCCUGACAUGGAAAAUUCAAUAAAAAAAUACUACGAAGAAAGUAUGAAGCGAUAUAUUAGUGAGUUGCAAGCACAUGCAGCUGCGACGAAUGGUGAUAAAAGUGAAAUAAUGCUUAAAUCGGGUAAAGAAGAAGGUGACUCACCAUUAGAUCUAUCUAAGCCUGUUGAUUUAUCACGACCAAUGAAAGUCACAUUGGAUCAUGAAAAAUCAUUUAUAGACCCAGGUCCAUUAACGGAUUUAAGUGAACGUUCCUUAUGUGAUGAUGAUUCCAUGUCAGAAACAACGGAAUUCUAUGAUGAUGAAAGUAAUCCAACAUCUCCAGCAAGUUCGACACAAAGUACUAAUAAUAAUCAACAACGUACAAUGACUUCGACGGGCUCAAAUUCGGGUGGCAAUAAACGUUAUCGUACUCAAAUGUCUUCGUUACAAAUCAAAGUAAUGAAAUCAUUAUUUAACGAUUAUAAGACACCCACAAUGGCGGAAUGUGAAAUGUUAGGUCGUGAAAUUGGUCUUCCAAAACGUGUUGUACAAGUAUGGUUUCAAAAUGCUCGUGCAAAAGAAAAGAAGAAUAAAGGUUCAUCGACAAAACCUGGAAGUGAACUAGUGGAAAAAACACCGGACGAUUGUAAAUAUUGUAAUUUUAAAUAUUCACAUAAAUUUUCCGUGCAAGAUCAUAUAUUUACAAAAUCACAUAUUGCAAAUGUGAAAAUGCAUUUAGAAGCGUUAAGUAAAGACUCAUCGGGUAAUUUAAGUGAUAAUGGUGAAUUUCAAGUGCCCCCUGUACCGGGUGGUAGUACAAACAAUAAUAAUAAUAGUGCGGUAAAUGCGGAUUCUACAACACAAAAUUUAUUGGCAACAUUAAAUAAUAAUGGCAAUAAUAAUCAGCAUUUAGCGCAAAUGCAAUUAUUACAAAUGGCUGGUCUACAAAUGGCGGCUGUUGCACAACAACAGAAACAAAACUCUGGUGGCGGUGAUGAUAGUAAAAAUAAUGACAAUGACAAUGCGAAUAAUGUGACGGAAUCAUUAUUUCAACAAUUGUAUGCGUUAAGUAGUGCUAGCGGUGGUCCAAAUUCAAGUGGGUUCCCUGGCGCGAAUCAGUUCCUACACCCUGCAAUGUUUGGUGCAAAUGUCGGAGCCGGGGGACUUUUACUAGACACUGGGGUAGCACCAGGAUUAACAACAUUAUUACCAAUGCCGCCCACAGUGGUUGAACAGGUAACAAAUGGUACACAAGAACCAGGCGUAACUUCAAUCCGCCUUCCAAAUGGAAAUGGUAAUACAUCGCCGAUAUCACACACAACACCAGACAUAUCGGCUGCAUGUCGUGAUGCCGAUUUAGAGGUAUGCUUCGUAUGUAAAAAAUGUAAAGUGGCAUUCACAUCUGAAGCCAAUUUAUUAACACAUCAAAGGCAAUGUUACAAUGGUAACAUGGAUAAUCGUGGUAGUUAUCGAAUUGUACAAAGUGGCCUUGAAUGUAAAUUUUGUCCAAAUGAGAAAUUUAAAAAUGCGGCAGAAUUUAAAAAACAUGCUGAAACUGAAUUACAUAUGAAAUGCAUUAAAAAUGGUAUAAUGUCUUCAUUACCACCGCCAUCCGAAUCGCCAUUAAUUCAUGAAAUGGAAGAUGUGGUAAAUCAGAUAACACUCUUAGCUGCACGUGCUGCACAAGAAACAACUCCAGGUGAUCCUAAUGCCCAACGAAACUCGCAAAUUGAUACAAAUUCAAAUAAUCCAUUUUGUCAACCGCCUGAGCCUUCGAAACGACAAAGAUUUUUAACAAAUCCACAAGACGUGCCACAGCCAUUAACUAGUGCCGGUCAUUAAAAUUGAAAAAAAGAAAAUUAUUUUCACACACAA